CUCACGAAUCGCCAGUCCUGGUUUUUGUUCCAGCCAGGAAACCAGUAAAUAAAUGCAUUGACCAAAUUUGACCCCUUCAUUCCAAUUCCAGUCCAGGUUUUCAUUCCACAGUUCAGCUUCAGUUGCGCUGUUUCUAUGGUAGUUGUUCAACUGCAUGUUGUCCGUCUGGUGUAACUAUGUAGGGAUGCAUCGAGCAAAAGCCUGGACUGGAAAAGGAUUUUGAUGCCAGAUUGUGUCAGUGUCUUGUCUUUACCGCUAGGCUAGGCCACACUGCUUUUAUUUCAGCCCCUCAACUCAAAUUAGCUGCACUGCCUGCCUCCCAGUCCAUCGACUCUAAACUCUAGGCCAUGCAUUUAAAAAAAAAAAAGAGUCUGAAGGAACUUUGUGGACUGAAUUUAAAUCCGAAAUGAAUAAUAUAGAAAAACAAAGUAAUUUCCAAUUUUGAGAAGCUAUUUCAAUAUUUGUUUACUGAUAGAUGCCACGCCUGCUCCCACACUGUCUGAUGUUGGUAUGGCACGAGUGUGGGGAAAACAGAAAACGUGGUGGGUGCUGGCAAUUGUAGUCGAGUAGCCAACCACAAUUAAGAACUCAUCGGAUAAAACUACAACUCCCUGCAUGGAUAGCCACAAAAUGAAAAAAGGGAUGUGGGUCUUUGAACAAUGCAUGCUUCAGCUGACAGUGAUAUAAACCAGAUAGGAGAGGUAGAGGAUUCUAAGGAAGUUGCAUAAAAGUUUGUCUGCGAGAAACAAACUCAAACGACUAGUUUACAUGAAAAGCAAUACGUUUGCAAAGUAGUCUGUCAAAAAAUAGCGAAAAGAAGGAAUGCUACAUAAAAAAAGCCUGACCCAAGUGAGUCAUAAACUAAAGCGCAAGGAGACGGUAACGAAGAACAAAACUCAAGAUGCAACUGUUCUGUAACCGUGGUUUAGAAGCGGAUACAUUUCAAGAUUUCCGCUCUAUAUCCGAUAAAAUCAGUAUCGAGAGAUAAUCAUAUUUUUAACUAAAAAAAAAGAAAAAAGGACUUAAAGGGGCAAACACGUUAUGCGCGUUAUUGAGUUUAAAACGAUGCACAGCAGCGUGUAAGCUGUUAUAAAGUACCGCGGAUCGGUGGGGGACACGCCCUUUCGCUCCGUUUAUUCCACGACACCCCACAGCUCGGUUUUACACCUAGUGAUCCGGAUUUUCUGUUUGAACGCACCGCACCCUGCACGAUGCAACAGCCGCAGCAGGAGUUUCUUUUCAAGGUUCUCGUGAUCGGGGAUCUCGGAGUCGGGAAGACAUCUAUCAUCAAGCGGUACGUGCAUCAGAUCUUCUCCCAGCACUACAGGGCGACCAUCGGGGUGGAUUUUGCAUUGAAGGUGCUCAACUGGGACAGUAGCACUGUAGUUCGGCUGCAGCUGUGGGACAUAGCAGUCCCUCCCAGUCCAGCCGUUUGCUUGUUUGCUGUGGCAGGUCAGGAGCGCUAUGGGAACAUGACCCGGGUGUAUUACCGGGAGGCGGUGGGAGCCUUCGUGGUGUUCGACGUGGCGCAGGCCUCCACCUUCGACGCCGUGCUCAAGUGGAAGGGCGACCUGGACUCCAAGGUGACCCUCGCCAACGGCAAGCCCGUCCCCGCUGUCCUGCUGGCCAACAAGGAUGGCCUGAGCCCUCAGCUGCCCAAGCUUGACCAUUUCUGCAAGGAGCACGGCUUUGCAGGCUUCUUCGAGACCUCCGCCAAGGAGAACACGAACAUCGUGGAGGCGGUGCGCUGCCUGGUGGAGAACAUCCUGUCCAACGAGGAGGGCUCCGGAGGGGACUCUGACCCCGAGGUCGUCCUGCCCGGCCUCAACAACAAUGCCAAACACAGCGGCAGCAGCUGCACGCUCUGCUCCAGAUUUUAGAGGACGGCUGCUGGAUAGGAGAGGACAGAAACCAGAACAAAGAAACAGGCGUGAUUUCCACCCGUGCAUCCGAAAGCAUCGGGAUGGACUGUGAGGCAGACGGAUCUCGAGGCCGUGUCCUGGAGAUUAGAGAUUGUGUGGUAGCCCUUAGCAUGGAGAGGAAUGCUAGAUUCCCCCCGGAUGUGCAUUAGCCCCCAUCGAUGAAGGCUCGUUUUGUGGCUUUGUUGGCGUCACCACCGGUUCAUGCUGAUUUUCUGUAACCUCCAUGUUUGAUUCAAAGCGUUUCUCUUGUCUUUCUCAUGUUUGACACACUUUCAUGUUCUCUCAAUAAAAAUAACUAAUUCUUCCUGCUUUGUCCAGAAGCUGUAUUUGAUUUUGCUUGUACCCCUCUAGGGGUUAGGGGGGAUCUUCUCAGGAUUCUGUUCAUUUCGCUGCUCCAAGGCUUCGAACACGUUCGUGGGAAUUGCCUUCGGCAUAUCCUCUCCCAUAGUGUGAAGAUGGACAACCCUCCUCUGGUUUUAAAGACCGUGUUUGUGAGUUGCUUAGAAGCUCCUGCUCCAGUCCAUCUUAACACACAGAUACAUGUCUUAUUGAUGCUUGUGUGAGAUCUCUGUAUGCUGCUCAUUAACUUUGAACCGCAUGUGUUUUUAUUGUGUGGUUUGUACACUGUAAUUGCUAUUUUAUUGUCUAAUAAAACCACCUUGUGAACCAGGUUUCAAUCUCAGUGGUUAAAUAAAUAAUAAAAAAGUGGGUUUAAACAAAGAA